AUGACUGAUCGAAAAGCUUGGAAUUAAAAAGUAACAGCAAAUAAAAUUAAAUCUCUAGGAAGAUGCAGCUAUAUUAUAACUAGUAAAGCAGUACGGAAUCAAGAAGUGGACUAUAGUAGCCGAGAAGAUGAAAGAAAUCUAUGGUUUAUUUGGCCGUUCCGGAAAACAAUGUAGAGAACGCUACCAUAAUCACCUUGACCCUACUAUCAACAAAGACCCAUGGAGUGAAAAUGAAGAGAGGGUCAUAUUCAUAGCCCACAAGGAGCAUGGUAACAAAUGGGUACAAUAUUUAAAAUAUUUGUAGGCUGAAAUUGCGAAACUGUUACCAGGAAGAACUGAUAAUGCAAUUAAAAAUCAUUUUUAUUCAACCUUAAGAAGAAGCCUAAGAAGAAUCAAUAAACUAAUCGGAGACAAGAACAGUAAAUCAUAUAAAACUAUAUAUAGUAAAGAAAAGGGUACUCAACAGAUAAAAGAUAUAAAACCUGGAGUAUUAUCAAAGAUAUUCAUUCUGGCAGAGAAGAGUCCAUCGGAAUUGAAGGAUGACCAUAUGAAAAAGCUCUGUUAAGCUUGUAAAGGACUCCAAGACUCCAUCUUAGAAUUUGCUUAAUCUAAACAAAAAUCUUAAAUCAAUUAAUUUAACGAGGAUAAGUUCAAAUAAUUGAUUGAUAAAAUUAUGGACUUCAAGUAUAUUAUUUUUUAAAUGGUAGUGCUCUUUACACUAAACAAAGAGAGAGUAGAUUGAAAUUAAAAAAGAAGAAUCACAAAAAGAGAAAGAGUAGAAUCGAUGAUGAUGAUGACGAUGAUGAUUAUACAAGUGAUUAUAAAUACGAAGAAAUAAAUCAUAAGUUUCCUUUAAAGAGAUCUUCCAGACUAAAUGCUAAAAAGAAAGUGGUAUAAACAAUAUAUUAUCUAAUAGCAUAUUGACAAAGAAGACUAUAUUGAUAUAUGCAUAAGAACCAAAAAAGGACCACUGUAUACUAUACUAAGAGAUGAAUUAGAAGUCUAACCAGUUGAUUAAGAAGUAAAAUUACAUUUAAAUAGAAUUAGGAACAAUCUUCCGAUUACCAAUAAUAAUAAUAUGCUUAUGACUACCAGGGUACCAACAGCCCCAAUAAUCAUUAAUUUACUCCAGCUUUUCAUGUUUAGACUCCUAGACAAAUCUUAUUUUAAAGACCUUCAAGCCAAUAUUAAGAUGACGGCAUUCAUGGCGAGGAAGCUGCAAUAAGUAAAUCUAAUUUUGUCCCUAUUGUGUUAACUAAACAGUAUACCUAGUACAAGGAGAAGACCCUUGAAAACCUAGCCUAAUAACUACAAUAAAAAAUAAGUAAGGAUAUCAAAUAUGAUUUUAGAUGCAAAUGCUGAAAAAUACGUUUAUAGUCAUCAAUAAGAUUCUGAUUUAGAAAUCAAUAUUGGAGAAGCUUUCGAAAUCCCUAAGGACUAUAAAUCACCAUCAAGUAAAUUCGGAAUCGGGGGUUAUAGUCCAAGUGCAUUUAGAAAGUAUAGAAAAAAUUAGGAGUCAGGACUAGUUAACUUCAUGAUAACACCACAUCAUUAUAAAUGA